GCUUUGGCUGCGGCCUCAUGAAGCCGCGGCGUUGGAGGAGGGCCUGUGGUUCCAGCAGCAGCAGGGAGGAGGAGCCGGAGCCGGCACAACGGUGCCGCUGGUCGCAGGGAGCGGGAUACCGCCACAUCACCCCGACGCUGCGGGACCAGAGCUGCACGGGGAGCGACCCCUUCCCUGGCAUCCCGCCAUUCCACAGGGAAGUCCUCUGCCCCUCUGCAUCGCCAUCGGCGCGGCUGGAGGCGGCAGGAGAGGUUUGCAACAAUGGUAAAGGAGGAUACUGUAAAAGACAAUGAAGAUUUUGAGCCAUCAGUAUGUGAGAGAAAUGGCAUGAUUCCCUUGCAUAAGCAAAGUGAGGAGGGACCAGCAGUAGAUGCCAGAGGUACUGGUGGGAAUAUACAAACAGAAGAAACUGCUCUCUUGAAUCACUGUGCUCAGCAACCUCUGGAACCAAAGUCAGGGUCUUCAAUACCUCCAAGAACAUGGAGCCAAAUAUUUACAUGUCCUCCUCAAGGUUUACUGUCCCAAACAGUGACAAAUGUUGCAGUUGUGGUCCUGGUUUGGGCUGUGGUUUGGUCCAUCACUGGGGCUGAGUGCCUCCCAGGUGGAAAUCUGUUUGGAAUUUUGUUUCUUUAUUUUUUUGCUGUCAUCGGAGGGAAAAUUUUUGGAUUCAUCAAAAUACGAACUCUACCCCCUCUCCCUGCUCUUCUGGGGAUGCUACUUUCUGGUUUCCUGAUCCGAAAUAUAUGGUUCAUUAGUGACAUCGUCCAGAUAAAUCUGCGCUGGUCAGCAGCACUGAGGAAUAUUGCUCUUUCAAUUAUCUUGACCCGAGCAGGACUCGGCCUAGAUCCAAAGGCUCUUAAGAAGCUCAAAGCAGUCUGUUUACGGCUUUCCUUUGGACCAUGCAUCUCAGAAACAUGCACAGCUGCUGGUUUUGCCUACUUGCUCAUGCAUUUGCCAUGGCAGUGGGGAUUUAUUUUAGGUUUUGUUCUAGGUGCAGUCUCCCCUGCUGUGGUGGUUCCCUCAAUGCUGAUUUUACAAGCUGGGGGAUAUGGGGUGGAGAAAGGUGUCCCAACUUUGCUAAUGGCAGCUGGCAGCAUUGAUGACAUUCUGGCUAUCACAGGCUUCAACACUUGCCUUGGAAUAGCUUUCUCUUCUGGUUCUACUCUGUACAAUGUUCUCCGUGGGGUACUGGAGGUUGCUGUUGGCAUAGCAGCUGGGGGGAUUCUGGGAAUGUUUGUUCGAUACUUCCCAAGCCACGAUCAGGUGUCUCUGGCAUGGAAGAGAUCGUAUUUUGUACUUGGGCUGUCCAUGUUUGCUGUUUUUGGCAGCAUCUACUUUGGCUUCCCUGGAUCAGGAGGGCUCUGCACAUUAGUCUUAGCUUUUGUUGCAGGUGUUGGAUGGUCUGAGGAAAAGAAAGAAGUAGAAAAAAUUGUUGCUGUUGCAUGGAAUAUCUUUCAACCUUUUCUUUUUGGUUUAAUUGGUGCAGAAGUAUCUGUUACAUCUCUUAGGCCUGAAACUGUUGGACUCUGUGUUGCUACAUUGGGCAUUGCCCUCGUCGUGCGAAUCAUAGCAACGUUCCUGAUGGUGUGUUUUGCUGGGUUUAAUUUCAAGGAGAAAAUAUUUAUCUCAUUGGCAUGGAUCCCCAAGGCCACUGUCCAGGCUGCAAUAGGCUCUCUUGCCUUGGAUACAGCAAGAAGUCAUCAGGAUGAGCAACUGGAAAAGUAUGGAAUGGAUGUACUGACAGUAGCUUUCUUGGCUAUCUUAAUCACUGCUCCAAUUGGAGCUCUGGUUAUUGGUUUGGCAGGGCCCAGACUUUUGCAGAAGGCUCAGACAAAUAGCAAGGAGGAUGAGGAAGGUGCUGUGGCUGGAGAAGAAGCAGAGGCCUGUGAGCCUUCGUAAGAUGGACAUCUACAGGAAUAUGGCCCUUCAGCCCUUAUGCUUCUGUUGAGUAAACACAGGAUGUCUGUAACCUUUCUGGAGGAAACCAAACCAAGUAUCAGUUAUGUCUGAUAUUUUGAAAGCAUCCCUGGCAGAUUUUUAUGAAAUAUUCUUAUGUGUUGAUAGUGCCUUAAGAGAUAAAAUAGCUGAACAUGCAGUGAAUGGGCUGGCCAGGCAGUGAGUCACUGAGAAGUGAGCAGUCAACAGUUACUUGAAAUAUGUGGGUGUGAGGUCAGGGAGAGGAUCAGAAUUGUUCAGGCACAGAGUUGGAGUUAUGAAGUGGAAUAUAAACAGGAGAAAUUGGAAAUUAAUGUGAAUAACUUCUUGAUGGUUGAAACUGGGCCAUGAGAUACCAAGUUCAACUGGUCAAGAAUGCAACUCUCUGAAUGAGAGACUGCUGGCAUACAGUGAAUAAAUCCUGCCAUGGGUUGGUGAUUCCCUCUCCUUCCUCAUUCAGAUUCCAAAAGUUGCCUUCUCAUAUUGCUGUUCUUCUUCAGCUCACGUACUCCUUUGUGCCUUCAAAGUACUGUCAGCUCUGAUCAUAGCAAGAAACAGCAAGUGGUACUUACAUGCUGAAAGAGACAACUGGGUCCUUCAUGGGCUGUUGUAAUGGAGGUGUUGCUGGUGCUAGUAGAAAAUAGGACUGAGCUUGAAAAUGGCAUGAGGGUUGUGGGGAGGUUGUAAGGACUGGGAGAGGGUUGUAUGGGAUUGAGAUGGCUGCUUCUUCACCUACGUUCCUCAGUCUUCACACAACAUGAUGUCAAGGGAGGGAAAGCCAGCUCUUCAGCCACUGAGUGGCUAUGUUCUGGUACUGGCCACUGCAGGACAGACGGAAGAGUUCUUCUCAGGUGGGGUUAGCUGACAGGGCAAGGCCAAGGUGGCAAUGAGUUGUCACUUUCUUCCUCAGUUCCUUUUGAGCAACUCAGUGAUAGCAACAGACCUCAAAUCAAGAUUCCUAGGUCAGCUGGGAUCUCCUAUUGCUUUGUCCUAAAUGAAUACUCAUCUGGCUGAGAAAAUGCCAUGAUCCAGCCCCUCUCGCAUCUGCUUUUGGACAAUUACAGCAAAGAAAACCAGGUAUUUGCUAGAAAUAUAGCCAGUAGUGCUCACUUUUCCAAGAGGUGGUUUGCUGAAUUGAUUGUGGAGAGUGGAGGCCUCUAAGACUUACCAGGGUAUUGUUUACCUCUGACUGAUGCAGAAAACUGAUACACUUUAAAUGACUGACCUUAAAAAUACAGUGUUGAGAGGGACGGUUCAAAGUGAAAGGAGCUUCAUUCUCACCUACCUUCAGAAAGGCUGGGGUGUGAAGGCAGGUGUCAUGAGGAAGCUGCAUUAACACCACAGUGCUAGCACCCUCAGUACAUACCCCCAGAUCCUAUGGGUCUUUCAGAAAAAACAAGUUUCUCUGUGAGGCUGUGGAUCAUAGUAAUGACUGACAACAACCGUGUUAAGUAUCUUGCCAAAACACUUCACCAGGGGGAGCAGAAAGCUCAAAUAUGGUAUUCUUCAGUGUAUUUAAUAUAGAUGUCUCAUGCAGAGUCAGCUGCAAUACAGUACACGUCUGAUAUUCCCAUUCUCACAAUAAUUUCUUUUCUCUUCUCCUUGGCUGUUCUAAAGCCAGAAGUAAACCUCUGCUGAUUGAAAUCCUGCUCAUGCCUUAGCUGUGGUAUUGGUUAGGGUUUUGUAUUGAGAGGUACCAGCAGACCUUUCACAUUCUUGCUAUGUUUUGUACAAGUAACUAGCUCCAAGUAGGCCAUUCCCACCUCCAUUCCCAGGAGGAAUCAGCACAGCAUCGCUCAGAAACUGCAGGUUUUCAUAAAAUCAUAGAAUGGUUUGUGUUCAAAUGGACCUCAAAGACCAUCUGGUUCCAACCCCUUGGGGGCUUUUAGCAAGAAUGCUAGAUUGUGCCUGUAUUCAGGGUGCCUCCGUGCAGAUAUCUGCACUACAGCCAGAAGUGAACUGAACUCAUUUUGCAGGCUGCUGUGCAGAAUAUAUUUGAUGUGUCUAGAUCAUUUUGGCAUUAGUAAGAAAGAAUUGAUCAAUUCUGUUUUAGCUUUUCCAAUUUUAAUAUGCAACACAAAAAUGUGCAAAAAUACUUUUAAAAGAAAACUACCUAAAACUGUA